GCGCGGCCCAUCCCGGCUGCUACGGUGGCCACCAAGAGUCAGAGGUGACCGCCGGCCGGCCGACCGUGCCCGCCGUGCUCCGGGCGUGGGUAGCCUUGUCCGUGGGAGCGAGCUGGUGAGGCGGGACCCGUCGCCUCGGAGCUUUGGGGACUGGAAUCACAGAAGCCUGUGUGAAGUCAACAUGGCCAAACGCAUCAGCCAGGAGACCUUUGAUGAUGUGGUACAAGAAAACAUUACGGAGUUUGACAUGGACCCUGAGGAAGCUGUGAAAGAAGCCAUCCAGCAGUUUGAAUCUCAAGGGGUUGAUCUGACCAACAUUGUAAAAACGAGACCCAAAGCAUCUGCUUGUGGUGACCAAGGGCCAAAACAUGAAAUUUUGCAGACGCUGGAUGCUCUCCAGAAGUCUGUCGACUCUGCAGCCCUCCAAGAGAUGGCGGAACACCUUGUGCGCUUCAGCGAGCAGUGCCGGGGGCAGGUAGCCAGCCGCUACCUGGCUGCCGAGAAGGGUGCGUACCCUGUUGUGCUCUCAGCCUGCCAGCGAGCUGUGACAGAAGAUGAGGGUUUUUUGGUAAAGGCCCUGAAUGCCCUGGCUGCCCUGACUGAGGGUCAGCCAGACCUGCUGGAUACCGAGGGUCUACAGCUGCUAGUGGCCACGCUGAAGGAGCGUUUGGGGGUGGCUGAAGUGACAUACUCUGGGCUUCGCUGCAUUCGGCAUGUCUGUCUGAAGCACGAGCAGAACAGGCAGAACUUGGUAAGAGCAGGCAUCCUGCCUCUGCUCACCGGGGCCAUUGAGAGGCACGGCGGCAGGGCCACUGUGGUCAAGGAGGCCUGCUCUACUCUGAGAAUCAUGACGUUUGAUGAUGACAUCCGAGUGCCCUUUGGCCAUGCACAUGACCACGCCAAGAUGAUAGUGCAGGAGAAUAAGGGCUUAAAGAUUCUCAUAGAAGCCGCCAAAGCAUUCCCAGACAACCCGACUCUUCUUGGGGAGCUGUGUGGUACUUUGUCCCGCCUGGCUGUUCGGAAUGAAUUCUGCCAGGAGAUCGUCGAUCUAGGGGGCCUCAACAUCCUGGUGACCCUUCUGGCUGACUGCAUCGACCACCAGGAGCUGGUAUGGCAGGUGCUGGGUGCUCUCCGAGCCAUCGCUGGCAAUGAUGAUGUAAAGGAUGCCAUCGUCAGUGCAGGUGGAGCAGACUUCAUUGUGAUGGCGAUGAACCGGCAUCUCUCCAGUCCCCAGAUCUGCGAACAGAGCUGUGCAGCCCUGUGCAUGCUGGCCCUGCGGAAGCCAGCCAAUAGCCAGGUGAUCGUCGAGGGUGGGGGGGCCUUGGCAGCCCUGCAGGCUAUGAAGACCCACCCAAAGGAAGUCAGCGUGCAGAAACAGGCUUGCCUGCUGAUCCGUAACCUUGUAGCCCGAACACAGGCCUUCUCCCAACCCAUCCUGGACAUGGGGGCAGAGAAGCUCAUCAUGGAAGCCCGAGCCACACACCGGGAAUGUGAUGAUGUGGCCAAGGCUGCCCUUCGGGACCUGGGCUGCAAGGUGGAGCUUCGGGAGCUGUGGACAGGAGAAAAGGGAAACCUGGCUCUCUGAGGCCUCUCCUGCACCAUCAGGCUUCAGGAACAUUCUACACCCCAACUGGGCCCAUGGAAGGAAGUGCUCAGCUAGGAACUUGGGGCUUCCUGAAAUGUUGGGGUACAAUGCUGCUCAGAGGCCUCAUGGAAGAGUCUGUUAGCUUCCACUGGCCCAGAAGUAAAGUCCUCUACCUCUGGUUCCUAAGGGAACACACUAGCCUCCUCCGUGCCCAUCUCUAUCCUGCACACUUCUGAAGGCCAUGGUCAGGAGCAGACCGGUUUGGAUGCAAUGGGUCCCCUUCCUCCUGGAGUGAUUUUGGCCAUUCUGUCUUGUUUGCUUUAAUAUGACAGUCUCUUGGUGACCCUGUAUGUCUUCUGCUUUAUUGUCUCUAGGCUAAGAUGCAUGUUCCUGUGAAGGUGGGACAGCCAGAGGCCAUGAGGGCCUUCUUAUCACUUUGACUUAACAGAGUGAGGAAUGAUGUCUGAGAAGUGCUUCUCAGAUAUUGAAGUAAAAACUUGCCUCCCCAUUCAUUCUCCUGAUAUUGCAAAAAAAGAUUGGCUGCCCUCUUCUCGUCACUUGCCCCUGAUCACAUAACCAGUCUUGUCCUGCCACCCUCAGCCUUGGUUCCCUUCCUCCAUCCCCUGCCUUGCUGGGGAGCGAAGGUGGAGAAAAUCCUAAAACUGCUCACUAUAAACUUAUGUUACACAACCUUCCUUAGGCCUGCCUUUGUUGUUCAUCAAACAAGACAUUCCAGGCAUUUUCUCUGGCUGUCCCCUCGUGCACGAAAGGCACUCUCUCUUCAUCUCCAGCUAAGGGAAGCGCCUUUAAGUCCCAACUAAAAGUCUGUCUUUUACUGGAAGCCUUCCCCAACACUUCUUAAUUCUGGUGCCUUCCCUUUGAAAAUUAUUUCCUAUUUAUCCCGUAUAGAGCUUGUUUGUAACGAUUUGUUUGCUUGUCAUUGUCCAUAUUAGUUUGUGAGCUCCUUGAGGACAGGGGCUCUCUUGUGCCCUUCUUUGUAUUCCCAGAACUUAGCACAGUGCCUGGGGCACAUAGUAGGUGCCUAAUAAAUGUUAAUUGACUGACUGCCAAGGCUGG